UUGUCCGGUUUCGCCUGGGAUUGGGAUUUGACAGCACAUUCAGCAUCCUUUUGAGCAUUUUUGAAGACAUUCCGUUUUUGACUUGGACUUUGUGAGAGUAGCAGGUUCCAGUCCGUUUUGUUGUUUUGUCUGAGUAGCUACAUGAUGGCUACUUUACCAGGAACAGUGCCUCGGAUGGUGCGCCCUGCGCCAGGCCAGAACUACCCGCGAACCGGCUUCCCUCUGGAAGUAUCCACCCCCCUGGGCCAGGGUAGGGUGAACCAGCUUGGCGGCGUGUUCAUCAACGGGAGGCCCCUGCCAAAUCACAUCCGACACAAGAUAGUGGAGAUGGCACACCACGGCAUCCGACCCUGCGUAAUCUCGCGACAACUGCGAGUUUCCCACGGCUGUGUUUCCAAGAUCCUCUGCCGAUACCAGGAGACCGGCUCGAUCCGUCCGGGCGCCAUAGGAGGCAGCAAGCCCAGGCAGGUGGCAACUCCUGACGUGGAGAAGCGGAUCGAGGAGUACAAGAGAGAAAACCCGGGUAUGUUCAGCUGGGAGAUCCGGGAUAAGCUGCUGAAGGACGGGGUGUGCGACAGAAGCACAGUUCCUUCAGGUGAGGCUUCAUCUGUGAGCUCCAUCAGCCGCGUUUUGAGGGCCCGAUUUGGCAAAAAAGAUGACGAGGAUGACUGUGAUAAGAAGGAUGAAGAUGGAGAAAAGAAAACAAAGCAUAGCAUCGAUGGCAUCCUUGGUGAUAAAUGUAGUCGCACGGAUGAUGGGUCAGAUGUAGAUUCGGAGCCCGACUUGCCCCUGAAAAGGAAGCAGAGACGCAGCCGCACCACCUUUACCGCCGAGCAGCUGGAGGAGCUGGAGAAGGCGUUUGAAAGGACACAUUACCCAGACAUCUACACCAGGGAAGAGCUGGCUCAGAGGACAAAACUCACAGAGGCGAGAGUACAGGUGUGGUUUAGCAACAGGCGAGCUCGGUGGCGUAAACAAGCUGGGGCCAAUCAGCUAGCAGCCUUCAACCACCUGCUUCCUGGAGGAUUCCCACCCACAGGGAUGCCAACUUUACCCACAUACCAGCUACCAGAUUCCAGCUACCCCAGCACCACGCUAUCGCAGGAGGGCAGUACGUUGCACAGACCCCAACCCCUGCCUCCAUCCUCCAUGCACCAGGGAGGUCUGAGUGCUGACAGCAGCUCUGCUUAUGGUCUGUCAUCCAAUCGCCACAGCUUCUCCAGCUACUCUGAUACUUUCAUGAGCCCCUCGGCAUCCAGCAACCACAUGAACCCUGUUGGCAACGGGCUCUCCCCACAGGUGAUGAGUAUCCUGAGCAACCCCAGUGCCGUACCCUCCCAGCCCCAGCACGACUUUUCCAUUUCCCCCCUGCACAGCAGCCUGGAGAGCUCCAACCCCAUCUCAGCUAGCUGCAGCCAGCGUUCUGACACCAUCAAGAGUGUGGAUAGCCUGGCUUCCUCCCAGUCAUACUGCCCUCCUACCUACAGCGCCACCAGCUACAGCGUGGACCCCGUCACUGCAGGGUACCAGUACAGCCAAUACGGCCAGACUGCCGUAGACUACCUGGCUAAGAACGUGAGCUUGUCCACCCAGAGGAGGAUGAAGCUUGGAGACCACUCGGCUGUGCUGGGACUGCUGCAGGUGGAGACGGGACAGGCCUACUAAAGCCCCCUCCAAGCCCUCCCCCACCCCCCAGACACACCCUGCACGACUUUUUUCAGCCCUCUGCCACCCUUCUCCAUGCCCCAUCAAGCCUGGACUCCAACUCCAGCUCCAGCCUUCUCUGCUGCUCGCUCUGCAGUCCGGCCAUGACAUCAGCGCACAGAUACGCAGCCUCACAGUGUAUCAGAGACAGGGACGCUUGCGGGUGUGACAAGGCUCUUUGGGGAAUGGAACUAAACUUUUCUCACCACUGUCAACCACCAGGCGGCUCUGCACCCUCUCUUCUCAGUAUUUGGGUGUCUCUGCCUGCCUCUUGUACUUCUGCCCCAACCCCAAACCCUGCUUUGUUUUACUCAGAAGGCCAGACAGGACCCAAGAACACCCGAGGAUAGUUGGCCGCCUUGGCCCGGGUUCCUCUUUGUCAUGGCUGCAGUCCAGCACACAUUUAGAGCCAUCAACAACAUGUACUUUAACCUUGCUGUUCAUAGUAGUUAACAAAGCCAAUAUCAUUUGAAUGACUCUGAUUCUUGUUCCUUUUUGAUAUUGUCAAGAUUAUUGUUGCUGUUAUAUGAUUAUGGUUAAUGUGAUUUAUGUUGUUCUUUGAUUCCAUUCGUAUCUCUUUUCUCUGUUCGACGCUGGUGUGUAAAACACAGCGUGGAUGACUGAGACGAUUUGGGAGUGAGUGUCUGUUGCGUGUGCAUGUUUUGCGUGUCGGCACAGUCACACAAGAGAGGAUGAUUGUUUUCCAAGCUGCUUUUCCUCUGCCUGUUCCCUGAGCUCUAGUGUUCGUGAGCGAUUUGACCUUCCCACUUUCAUAUUCAUCUUGACAUUCCUAAAGAACUUGGCCACUCUGUGGGAAGUCUGGCUGGAUGGAUUCUGCAGGGAAUUAAAGCAGCAUUUUGGCCGCCAAUAGCUUUCCCCUUCUAACCUCCAUCCCAUCCUUAGCCGUGGUCCAUGGGGAGGGGGCAUUGUUUGCAAAAACAGGAUUGGGGAAAUUAAUGUAUUUUGUUUAGAAAUAUGGACCUUGCCAAGGAGGGCUAACUCAACCCCCCGCGCCCGCUCCUCCCAAAUCCCAUCUGCCAGGGAACCCUGAGUGACUUUAACAGUGUAAAGCAGAUUAAAUCACACAAAAAUAAUGUCAAAGCUAAUUCACAGUGACCCUUCCCAUUGCCAGUUAGUAUUUCUGUUUUUAUCAUAUAAUUAGCACAUUUUGUAAAUGCACCUUCAGUUGGUUUCCACUCUCGGACUGAAUAAACAUUCCCUCAAACAUUCCACAGGGUCCAUGUGCGAAUAUACUAUAAGCAUUCCAACACUUUCUGUUAUAAGAUUAAAAAGCACACAAGCUGUGCCAUUCAUAUGCACUCCAGAAAAUCAUAUAAUCCAGUCAGUUGUGAAAGGGCACAGGUAACACCGUUGAUUGCCCCCCCCACACCCGAACCGGAGCCCCCUCUAAUCCUCCGCUUUGACAUACUCACUGAAAUGUACAAAAAGAAGAAAAAAAUUUAAGUAUAGUUGAUAUGAGACAUUUGUGUAGCACUCAUAGUUGACUUUUGACAUGAUCCAGGACCUUG